GGGCAUAUAAACCGCGUCUUUAUUUUGUCUAUAAAAAUUCUUAAAAUGUAUAAUAUAAAUAGUUUUCGGCACCUUGACCUGCAUAUCCGCGAAGUGCAAUGCGCAGACCUACUUUUCGAAUUUUCUAAGUGAAUACAACAAAAAUAUAGUACAUCUAUGGUACACAAUACAUUUAUUGAAGUAAGAGUGCGGGCGAUGGCGUCGUUCGCUGCGCAGGCGGCGCUCCGUUCCCGUUGGAGCUCCCUGAUUGAGUCCUCCAGCGUCGACGUUCCGGGGGAAGUGACCGAUGGGGUCAGAUCUGUCGUCGGAUGGCUGAAACAGGCGUCACUAGAAGUCCGUCAGGUGGGCCGCAGGGCGGUCAACCAGCUGGCCGGCCGAGGCAUGGGAGACGACGUGAUCAUCAUACACUACAACGAUGUCUAUAACAUCGAGCAGACUACCAACACAGAGCCAGUGGGCGGAGCCCUAAGGUUUUCCACAGCUGUGAAGGCGCUCCAUGAUCUGAAUCCACUCAUACUGUUCAGCGGAGACGUCUUCUCACCCAGCAUGUUGAGCACGUUCACGAAGGGUGAACAAAUGGUCCCGGUGCUAAACGAGGUCGGCACGCACUGCGCUGUGUUCGGAAACCACGAUUUUGAUUUCGGCCUAGAAAUCCUGUCGGGUCUGGUGGCCCAGUGCAACUUUCCCUGGUUAAUGUCCAAUGUGAUAAACAACGAGACGGGGCGACCAUUAGGCGAUGGGAAGAUCACGCACGCAUUGAUGUGCAACGGGCAUAAGAUCGGACUUAUAGGAUUGGUCGAACAAGAAUGGUUAGACACUUUGGCAACAAUAAAUCCAGAUGAAGUAACCUUCAUAGACUUCGUACAGGCGGGGACGAAAUUAGCUUCUCAAUUAAAACAAGAGGGUUGUGAAUACGUUAUAGCCUUAACGCACAUGCGAACACCGAACGACGUCAAGCUAGCUGAGGGCUGUACUAAAAUAGAUUUGAUAUUAGGAGGUCACGAUCACGUGUACGAAGUAUUAGAGAUAAACAAUAAAUAUAUUGUUAAAAGCGGCACAGAUUUCCGUCAAUUCUCCAAGAUAACAAUAACGUUUGGAUCUGAUUCGCCGCAUGUUGACAUCGCGGAGGUGCCCGUCUGCAGCUCCUAUGCUGAAGACGUCACACUCAAGGCCAAAACUGAUAAAUAUUCCGCAAUGAUAGAAGGGAAAAUGGACGAAGUGUUAGGCAAGUUCUGUGUUCCACUCGAGGGCAGGUUCUCGUGCAUCCGACGUCAGGAAUGCAACCUCGGGGACUGGGUCUGCGACGUGCUGCUGGCGGCCACCGGCGCCGACCUGGUGCUGCUCAACUCCGGCACCUUCAGAUCUGAUCAGGUCCACCCCGCGGGUGAGUUCACCCUCCGCGACCUAUCCACCAUAAUCCCCAUGCGGGACCCCCUGGUGGUGGUAGAAGCGAGUGGUUCUACCAUACUGGAGCUGUUAGAGAACGCUGUGUCAAAGUACCCCAGUUUAGAGGGCAGAUUUCCACAGGUGGCGGGCAUAUCGUUCGCCUUCGACCCUUGCAAGGCCCCCGGGCAGAGAGUGGCCGAGCAAGUCGUCAAGAUCGGAGACGAGUACCUGCAGAGGGAACAGAACUACAGGUUGGCCGUGAAGCAAUACCUUUCUAAAGGAAACGACGGGUUUACUAUGCUGCCCAAGUGUAAAGUUUUGGUGUCAGAAGAUAUGUGUCCAGAGAUCGGUAUGGCGGUACAGAAUCACUUCGCUGCAAUCGCUGUCAGGAGCGGAAAAGCGAGGCCUUCCAAACACAGGCAGUCUUUGGUCACUCUUAGCAGAAGACACAGUCUAGUGAAGAUGUUGGACGGCAGUGAGCUGGACGGGCCUCCGCCCCUUCGCAGGGCUUCUUCCGCGGCUGCGGAGCCCGCGCACCCACCGCACCCACACCAUAGGUUAACACGCCGCGCCUCUCUAGACGAUCUGGAGCAGCAAUCAUGCGAACUGGCGCCUAAAAUCGAAAACAGAAUCGUGAUUUUAGAUAAGCCUGAGAAACUGCAAACUCUAUUAGCUGAGAGGACGCGAUGGGAGUCGGACACAGUAAUAAAGGAGGUGGACGACGAAAACUCCCCUUAAGAUAUAAUGUAUCCUUUUUGGGGCUGUUUUAUCGGUUAUCAUAUGCUGGCCAGAAAAUUGAGGAAUUAACAAGUUUAUUUGUUGGACAAAUUAAUAAUGCCCCGACAUUCAAUAUUCGUUUCGCUACAACUUCUGAACCGAUUUUGAUCAAACAUAUCUAAGAACCACCGCAUGAAAAUUAGCUAUCAAAUUGAAGAAAACCGUAUCCAUAUCGGUUCACCCGUUGAUUAGCUACGUACACAGACAGAUAGAGAGACACAUUUAGCAGUCAAAUUUAUAACACCCCACUUUUUGCGUCGGGGAUUAAAAUUUGUACAUUUAAUUUAUUAUUUAGCCUUUUAAAUAGUUGCCUGAUAAAAAAAAUACGAAUCCAAAGACAUAAUUAUUAAAACCAUGGAUUUACUAAGUACUUAGUACCUACUAAUUUCAUGAUUAAAACAAGUUUAUUUAAUAUCACUUUGUUUAAUCAGUUUUUUUGUCGUGUGUUUUAGGACCUGUUUCAAAAGUAUCUGAUAGACUAUAUGUAACAUAUCAGAGUGUGUUCCACAAGUUUUGGAUAGGGCUAACUGGCAAUUAAUUGAAGCAGAUUUAUUUAGCAGUUAGUUGUUUCUAUUAUAUUGUAAUAAUAAUAAUUUAUCAGAAUGUGUUGGAACAGGCCUCCUAUUGAUCAAUGUUAUUUGUUGUAUGAUUUGGUGUUUAAAGUUAAUGAGACUCCGGUGCUCUACGGCUGAGGAAGAAACCGGAAUAACGGUCAUAUUAAUUGAUCGUGUUUUGUUAUUUCAAUAUCCUAUCCUAAUAUUAUAAGUGAGAAUGUUUGUGAGCAUGCGUGUGUGUAUAUUUGUUACUCCUUCACGAAAAAUCUGCUGGACGGAUUGUUAUGAAAUUUGGUACACGGGUGGAAUAGAAGCUGGUAAAUAAUAAUUUUAAAUUUGAUAUUAAAAUUUAUAUGUUCUUUGGUUCGUAAACUGAGCUAAUACCGUAAUAGGUUGUUUUUAAAAUGCUAGCUGCGUCCCGGGGCUUCGCUCCCGUGGGAAUUUUUGGAUAAAAAGUACCUUGUGUGUUAUUCCAAGUUAUAUUCUACCCGUGUACCAAAUUUCAUAACAAUCUGUCCAGUAGAUGACGCGUGAAAGAGUUACAAACACACACACAUCCUCAUAAACUUUCACAUUUAUACUAUUAGUAGGAUAUUUAUUAUUGUUUUUUUUUUGUUAUACAAAUUUAAACUAAAGAGAUUAUUAUUACCAAACUAAUAUUUUUCGGUUAAGUUUCUGAAUCUCUGUAUUAUUCAUUAUUGAACAUAAGAAUAUGUUUAAGUUAAUUAUAUUUUAAGACGCGUUUUAAUUAUUAUGAUCAUCACAAUGAAAGUAAUUCAUACAAUAGGAAAAUGUGUGAAUCGGUGAUACUUUUUUGUUAAUUGUCAUAAAAAGUGAGGUACAACAGCACGUUUCUAAUGAAGGCAGAAAAACGAUAUACAAAUAAAUUUGUGUUUCAUAUGCACGAAAACAUACUUAUUGCUGCCACAAGAGAUUAAAUAAAUAUAAUAUUCAAGGACACACACCAAUGCGAUGGGAAUCAAACUCUGGACCUCAGACAACGGACGGGAAUAUUUAAUAACAUAUUCCAUUGUUUUCUUGUCUGCAGCGCAUUAGUGACUUUUACCGAGUUGCUGGUGUCUCAAGGACCACGGUGAUUGCUUACCAUCCGAAUGCUAUUUAAAAAAGUCAUUGUUUAAAUGUAGUAAGAGUGAUUUUGAAAUUCAAAGCUCUUCGAGUCAAUCACCACUUUUCUGUCUGACUUAGAAACGGACUGUACCGCGCCAAGGAAAAAGUUCUUGGUCAAUGCGCUAACAACAGCAACGUGGUCGAUACGAUAUUGAUAUUUCCACGUACGUAUUGCCCCAGACUUCUUUCGCUUGACGCUGUCACUAAUAACAAAUAUUUUUGUAAGUACGAUUGUUUUAAUGGUUUUGUUAGUAGAAUCAUCUACCUCAUUGAAGUAUUUCAUGUGUCUUAUAUUAAAUUUAUUUGAUGCUUGUCUUCCGUCUAAUAAACGAAAUAAUUUGUUAUAACUACUUGUGAAAUAGAUAUUAUGAUUAAAAAACGGGUGACUCGAUUAUGAACAGAGAAACCUAUACACCAUAAAUUUUUAAUUAUGCCAAACAAAUUAAGGCCUAAUAUUAAAGACCCUAUACAUGUGAGUUAUCAAAAUUAAAUAUUAUCGUUUAUCGCCAAAGUUAUUGAGGUUUUACGUUUAUCCCAAAAUAUCAAUGAAUUCAUGGACGUAGUUUGAAACUCCAAUUAUACCAAUUCAUAGUUUAUCGUGUCCUCUCGCUCUCGCGUGCAAUGACUCCGGCAUAGGCAAAAAAUUAAAUAAAUAAAAAAGAAUUGCCAGAAUUUAUCAAUGAAAAUCGACUUUGUGUGAACCGCAGCACUGAGCCUACCUUUACUAUGAAGCGUAGUAGUCAGGUGGCGCACUCUAAGUAUUAUAACCAAUUAUUAUAGAUAUUUUUGGAUACAUUUGGAUUUCAAUUUUUUAUGUUUUGACUAUGCAGAUAUUAUCAGUAAUAGGUACUGAUAUUUUAUUUUUUGGCAUAAUUCAAAAUUAAUGGUGUAUUACUUCUGAAAUAAAAGACAUGAGUUUGUUUCGCUCAUACAAGAAAGAGUAAUGCGCAUUAGAAAUACACGAGAAGAAAAGGAACAGAGCGCUAAUGUUAUCACUCGUCGCGUCGUGUGCUGUUUUUAUAACGCCCAAUAGACCGGGCUGUUACCUAUGUAAAUGUUCCAUCUCAUACAUAUUAAAUAUAUAGAUAAUCAAUAAUUCAUUCACUAUAUUUUGUUUAAAUUGUAUGUUACACUUAUUUUUGCUAUUACACAAAUACCUAUUCAUAUUUUGUAUGAGAAUAAUUUAUUCACAGUUGACCUGAUCAAAUUAUUUAUUUUAUAUGAUUCAUAAGCAAAUAAGGAGAAAAACACAGUCCCCACUAAAAAUAACUCACUAAAACUAUUUAUUUAUAAAAAUAUUAUAAAAUAUUUAUUUAAAAAUCCACUCGUAGACAAUUUGUAUUCUUUUUUCCGAAUUGUAAUUUGUCGGGCCCCUUAAAGGAUAUAUAAUUAAGCUUAAAUCGCUCGGCUAUUAUUCGGCAAGUCGAACUUGAGAAAAUUUUCGCUCCUAGCGUGUUUUGCACACCUUUGUUUUUGGCAACACGCCAGGUGCGAAAUGUAGCGCACACGUCUUUUUAUUGUUAUUAAAUACAAUUUUUAAAUUUAGGCAAUUCCCUGUAAAUAUUAUUGAUGUCCGCAAUGCACAUUAGUAUUUAUUCAUCAAAGAACAUUGUUUUAUUAAGUUAAUGAUUUUACAGUGCCUUUCAAAAGUUUACACAAAUUAUUUUUAAUUACAGAAAUGUUUUUGCUAUAACUUUACAAUUAUUGCUGUCUAAAAAAGUGACGUCAGUUACAUAAAGUCAAUAAAUACAUACUAGUUUAAAUACAAUAUAAAAAAUAUAAAUUGUAUUUUUAAUCAAUACAAUUAAAAUAAAUAUAUACAAGAAUGUGAUUAGUAAGUAAUCUAUUUGUUUUGUGUUCGAAAAUUAUCUUUCAAAUUUUUGGAAUAUUUUGGCGACUAAAUCCUGUUGUAAUAAUCCAAGCCGGGAUCAUUAUAACCUUAUACCUAGCGAAACCUAGGUCUGUCUAGUCGAAGAUUAACACGCUUUAUAUAGGUGAAAUCAACUGAAACUGACUGUAGAUAGAUCUAGCCGGCGAAACAUAUUCAUAACUCAAUUUAACAAAAUUUGCUCAAUUCAACGAAAAAAUGCAAACUGACUGUACUUCCAUUGUUUUUCGAAAGCUAAUUAUCAGAAGUUUAUCUAGUGCUUAUGUCUAAUAUGCCUUAUUUUCUAAGCAAUAAGAUUGCUUUCCGUGUAGGCCAGAAGGUAUUGAUGUUGUGACGUGUUGUGUGCGAUUAUAUUUAAAUUUAGAAUGUUACACGCGUAUCGAAAUACGCGAGUAAAAGGUUACUAAUUUAUUCGAUUUUUAUUACUAAGGCAGUCGGAAAUACGAUCAUUAAACCCGUUGUUCUCAUAAUUGCUAAUGUAUAUUUUUCUCCGCUGCGGUUAUAUAUUUCCGUUGGUAAAUAUGUGAUAUUCCUAUAUAAUUAUAUUAUUGACGCCAUUUUAACCAUAUUUUAUUCGAAUUUUCUAUUAUAUUCUAUAAAUAGAAUGACAGAAUCAAGAUAUGUUAUUGUAGUUACGUAUUUCCGCCAGAAAAGAAGGAGUUUUCGCGCUCAAUAUUAUAGCUAUCUCUUUCAUGUUAUGUAAUAGUCAAUAGACCACCAACUUGAGUGAAAUUGAACUUCAAAACGAGCAAUAUAGUCUCUAAGCCCAUUCCUGAAAUACCAAAAUUACGUGAUAUCAUAAUGUCAAUCGAAAAGUGUUGAUUCGAAGUGUGUUGAUAUUAAGUGAAAGGCGCAUCAUAAAUUGGUCAUACUUUAAAUGCAUUGCGUUGUUAUGUUGACACACUGGCAGAUUCACUUCAGAGGGCGAAGUGCAGGUUAAUUUCACUUCUCACUAUCGAAUCGAUUCGAAGCGACACGCAGCGCGAACCAAUCACAUUGCGGUGUGGUUGUCGUUGCGUCACAAUGGCGCACUGUGAUUGGACUCGAUGGUGAGAUGUAAAUAGCAAAGUCGCACUAUGCACACAGAUAAAAAAUUCGUGCGUGAGUACGAAAUACGAAUGCUUCGUGCAUUCGUUAAUGAGAUAACAACACACCAUUCUUUAUUACAAUGUCAGAAGUAUGAAAAAAUCAUUUAAUUAAAUCAAGGAUGGGCUCAAGUCACGAACUAAUAUUGGAAAGAAAACAUGUAUACCUAUUGUGAGCAAACAUAUUUUCGUCAUAGAUUAAGCUAGAUAAUAUUUAAAUUAUACCAAUGAGUAUUUAUCGAUUGUAACGGUAUUUUUAUAGAGUGUGUCAAUUUGAUAGCAAUGUUAUGGUAUUAAAAGACACACCGUCCACAUAAUCAUCGCAUUAGCAUAUUUUUACGAGUUAAGUACAUAUUCAGAGGCGCAAAUUUAUGAGUUAAAUAACAUUUUUACGACUCAACAGCGAAACCUUCCAUUGGUACACUCUAUAAUAUUACUAUACUCCGUUUCGAAGCCACGAAGAAAACCAUCAGUUGACCAUUCCCUUAAAAAGAGCUUUUUUCCGUUUGGCUUGGAAAUAAACUAUAAUUUGGGGCUAAAGUCUCUAAUAUUAAUAAAUGUUGUGACCAGGUAGAACAAAAAGACACUAUUUUAGUCAAUGCACCAAACGACAUAAGUGGACAAAACUCUGUAAUAAGUGAUAUAUUUUUUGUGAUAUACGGUAAUAAUUACCACCUGGAUGUGGCAUCCAGACCACAAGCCUAAGAGGACUUGGUCGAAUAAACUUAGAGAUUUCGACAAGAGACGGAUAGAAAAUACCAGAUAAAUGGAAAAAGAGUGUGAGGAUGAUUUUGCCCAGCAGUGAGACAUGUAAUAGCUAUUUUUUUUAAUGUUUAUAAUGACAUUUAAUGGCAAAAUAUUAUUUUAUUAAAAUAUAUCCCUUUAUGUGAUAAAAUGAAACUAAAUAUACUUUUUACUUUCUAUAUUACAUGGGUGGGUGAAGUGCGGGUAUGUUUGUUAGUUUGCGGCAAACCCGCACUACACUAAUCACAUUCCGCCAUUGUGACUCAACGACAAGCACACUGCAGUGUGAUUGGUUCGCUGCGUCCGACUUUGAAUCGCACUAACCCCUCUGAUAUGUUGUCGGGUGGUUUAGAAAGUGACACCAAGGUGUGUAUCGUCGAUAGACUUUACAAUCCCAUCGGAAAAAUAUUAUCUGUUGGCUUGUUUUUAAAUAUUAAACCAAUAUCAUUGUUUUGUCUUCUUGUGUCUUGAUUACACUAUAACUGCACUAUUUCGUAAGGAUCUUCGCUAGUAUCGUACAAAUAUGUGAUAUAUUUUACUAAUUUUGUUGCUAACAAUUGUGAUUGUUUUAUUAUGUUAAUAAAUAUAGCGUUUUAACACUU